UGUAACUCUCUACCAGCUUACACCAUAACGUUAACUGUUACUUGCCUUCAACACCACGACAUUUGACCCUGACAUCUCCACGACCCGAGACUCCAGAUUGUGAGCAUCGCACGAGCACAAUGGUAUGAGUCACAUCAUGUCUGGAGCAUCCCAGAACGACCCUUAUGCCUUUGCAUCCACGUCACUAUCCGGUUCGUCGCAUGCUGCCAACCCUGACGACCUCGACGAACUCGAUCUCCUUGGCACCCAUGACAACCACCGCGAAACCGGCCGCUUCCACGGCGAUGACCAAGGCCGCGGCCACGAUCGAGACGCCGGCGAUGUGUUGGAUGACGACCCCUUGAAUAGCGACUUGACCACCUCCAUCUCCUUCAAGCGCAGACAGGCGCCCUCCCUUCUCUCCGCUCCCGCACGCCUCCUCUCCGCCAUCACCGGCCUGCGAUCACCGCGCUCCAGCUCCUCCACCACACCCCCCGCCAGAGGCGCACCGCCUGCCGUCUUUGGCGGCCCCAAUAGCCCCCCGCGCAACGAUUCGGCUACUCUCAAUGCCUCCUCCAAGGAUGGCGCGCCCCUCGACUGGUACACGGAAGGCCCUGGCCGGCGUGUCGGAUACGAGGACCUGACGGCCAUCGACUGGAUCUUCGAAUAUACCAAGGAGCGCCAGCGCUUGCGCUUCCUCUACUCGGGCGCUUCUGGCGUGCUCGGCCCCAUCCAGCGCCUCCUCGACGCGAGCCAGGUUUGGAUCGUCCUGCUGCUGACGGGCAUGGCGGUUGGCGCAAUUGCCGCUGGCAUCGACGUCACCACCGACUGGCUCGGCGAUUUAAAGCUGGGGUUCUGCUCCGGCGGCCCCGAAGGUGGGCAUUUCUAUUUGAACAAGGGCUUCUGUUGCUAUGGAUAUGACCAGGGCUCUAAGUGUAAUGGGUGGAAGUCGUGGGGUGAGGCUGUGGGUGUCACCUCGGCGGGCGGAAAGUGGUUCGUCGAGUACUUCUUUUUCAUCAUCUUUUCGGUUUUUGUUGCAUAUCUGGCUGCGCUCCUUGUGCAGGAGUAUGCUAUUUACGCCAAGCACAGUGGUAUCCCGGAGAUCAAGACGGUCCUCGGUGGUUUUGUCAUUCAGCAAUUCUUUGGAACAUGGACUUUGGUCACCAAGUCCUUUGGCCUGAUUCUCGCCGUGGCUUCAGGGAUGUGGCUCGGCAAAGAGGGCCCUCUGGUUCAUGUUGCCUGCUGUUGUGCCAAUCUAUUUGUCAAGCUCUUCCCCAAUAUCAAGGGCAACGAAGCUCGAAAGCGAGAGGUCUUGUCGGCCGCUGCAGCUUCGGGAAUUUCUGUUGCCUUUGGUUCUCCGAUUGGUGGUGUCCUGUUCAGUCUCGAGCAACUGUCGUACUACUUCCCCGACAAAACCAUGUGGCAGAGUUUCGUGUGUGCCAUGACGGCCGCUGUCGUCCUCCAGGCUUUUGAUCCCUUCCGAUCUGGCAAGCUGGUCAUGUAUCAGGUCCAGUACAGCAUCGGGUGGCAUCGAUUUGAACUGAUGCCCUACGCCUUCCUUGGCAUCUUCGGUGGCAUCUACGGUGGACUCUUUAUCAAGGCCAACAUGGCUGUCGCCCAGUGGAAGAAGGCCAACACCUGGCUCCCUGGCCCCAUCGCCCAAGUCCUGGUCGUGGCUUUCCUAACCGCCCUCAUCAACUACCCCAACUUUUAUAUGAAGCUCCAGACCACUGAGCUUGUCUCUAAUCUCUUCGCCGAGUGCUCCAAGGUCCUCGACGACCCGUUCGGACUCUGCAAGACGGGAGCCGCAUCCGCGAGCACCAUCGUGCUCCUCAUCUUCGCUGCCGUCGUCGGCUUCUUCCUCGCCGCCAUCACCUUUGGCCUGCAGAUUCCCGCGGGCAUCAUCCUGCCCUCGAUGGCCAUCGGCGCCUUGACGGGCCGGGCCGUCGGCAUCGUCAUGGAGAUCUGGGUCUCCAACCACCCCAACUUCUUCCUCUUUAGUUCCUGCGAGCCCGAUGUCCCCUGCAUCACUCCGGGCACCUACGCCAUCGUCGGCGCCGCGGCUGCCCUCGCUGGCGUCACCCGCAUGACCGUGUCCAUCGUCGUCAUCAUGUUCGAGCUGACCGGUGCCCUCACCUACGUGCUCCCCAUCAUGAUCGCCGUCAUGAUCUCCAAGUGGGUGGGCGACGCCUUCUCGCGCCGCGGCAUCUACGAGUCGUGGAUCCAUUUCAACGAGUAUCCCUUCCUCGACAACAGCGAAGAGAUGGUCAUCCCAGACAUCCCCGUCUCGCAGAUCAUGACGCGCAUCGAGGACCUCGUCGUGCUGACAGCCACGGGCCACACCAUCGCCUCCCUCAGCACCAUCCUCGAGAUGCACCCUUACCGCGGCUUCCCCGUCAUCUCGGAUCCGCGCGAUGCCAUCCUCCUUGGCUACAUCUCCCGCGCCGAGCUCACCUACAACCUCCGCGCCUCGACGCAGCCGCCGCGCUCCCUGGCCCCGGAGACGGAGGCAUUCUUCUCCCAUCAGCCCCUCGCCGACCCGCGCUCGACGCUCGACCUCCGCCCCUGGAUGGACCAGACGCCGCUCACCCUCCCCUCCCACAGCACCCUCCACCUCGUCGCCAGCUACUUCCAGAAGCUCGGCCUGCGCUACGUCCUCUUCAGUGACCGCGGCGUCCUCCAGGGCCUGCUCACCAAGAAGGACGUCUGGUACGUCCUCAACGGCGCCGAGGAGACUCGUCGCACCAGCGGCCUGCCCGGCGGGACCGGCCUCGGCGUCGAGACGGGCGUCACGGGCUUGGGCUUGGCCAACGACGACAACGACGCCCGUGAGCAGCACGGAUUGCUGCGGGGAGCCGACGGUGGUGACGACCAGGACAGCAUCGGGGGCGAUGAACGAAUGUUAUAGACGCUUAUUCAUUAGACGGGAUAGAGACGGGGUUCUCACGGGUUUCACAUG